AAAUAAUAAGAAAAGGAGAUUUGGUAAACGCUUCUUUCUUGUUGGUCUAAUGCUAAUCCUCUUCUUCCUCUGAGACUUUUUUUUCUGCGUUUCCUUAACCAAAUACGAGGCAAAGAGAAAGUGAGUGAUUUUUGUUUAUAUGUUUGAAAUUUGAAGAUAAUACUAUGAGUAGGCACUCAGUUGCAAGUGCUUCUCGCACCUCCUUCUUCCAAAAGAUCAUGAGUGCAUGCCUUGAUUCAUCUUCCCCUGACUCUGGAAAAGGGAGAAGUAAAUCCUCAACCAAGAAAUUGUCUCAUGGGUUUCAGUUGGUUGAAGGAAAAUCCGGCCAUGAUAUGGAAGACUAUCAUGUCGCUGAGUAUCGGAAAAUCAAGAAUCACGAGCUUGGAUUAUUCGCUAUAUUUGAUGGUCAUCUUGGGGAUCGAGUACCUAGUUAUUUGAAAGAUAAUCUCUUCGUCAACAUCCUUCAUGAGUCCAACUUCUGGGAAGACCCUAAAACCGCAAUUAAGAAUGCUUAUAAAAAGACUGAUAGGUUUAUUUUGGAGAAUUCUAUGCAAUUGGGCACUGGUGGCUCUACUGCUGUUACUGCUAUUGUCAUUGAUGGCAAGGACUUAUGGGUCGCCAAUGUUGGUGAUUCUAGAGCUGUUGUCUGUGAGAGAGGCUGUGCCAAUCAGCUUACUGUGGACCAUGAGCCACACACUGAACGGAAAAGGAUUGAGAAACAGGGUGGCUUUGUCACAACUCUUCCGGUCAUUUCAGGGGAUGUGCCUAGGGUUAAUGGCCAACUUGCAGUUGCCCGAGCUUUUGGAGAUCAAAGUCUUAAAGCACAUUUAAGUUCAGAACCUGAUGUAAGACAUGUGCCCAUAGACUCAACCAUGGAGUUUGUUAUUUUGGCUAGUGAUGGUUUGUGGAAGGUCAUGCAGAAUCAAGAGGCAGUUGAUUUGGUGAAACCCAUUAAGGAUCCACAAGCUGCUGCCAAGCGCUUAACGACCGAGGCAUUGGCAAGAAAGAGUAAGGAUGAUAUAUCAUGCAUUGUGAUCCGUUUUGGUUGAGUCAGUUUCAUAAUAGCACAUUGCUAUUACCAAUUGUUAGUUCUGUCCGUUGGAAUUAUGAGCUGGUUGGGUUGUGUUUGAAGCUGGAAAUAUGUGGGUCUGAGGGCUUUGAUUUAUGUUUUUUUUCUCCUCUCUUUUGGGUUAGGAAUUCUCAUGGUAGACUAGAGCAAACUGUUAAGAUGGAAGUGAUGAAAGACUUUUAAUUUGACCAAAGAAAUACCCUCAUUAUUCCCAUGGGUGAUGACUGCUUUUGGAUUGGAGUGCAGUAGUUAAUGGGGUUAAUUCUUUCAACGGACAGAUGAUGAUAGGAACUUUAAACAAAAAUAGUUUUAGAUUCUAAUUCUGUGUAUAGGUUGUAAACAUAAAUAAAAGAUAAUAUGCUACUCUCUUGUAAUAUAUAUAUAUCUAUAUAUAUAUAUAUAUAUAUAUUGGUGGUGGUUACAUAUAUACACAAGUUUGUAUCACA